AUGACUGAUGUAGAGCCUGUGGUCACAGAUUUUGCAGCCUCUGGACGGGCCGGUCGCCGAAAUGCCUUACCGGACAUUCUGGGUUCUUCUGCUGGUGCUGGAACAUCGGACCUACCACACAAAUUAGCUGAGCUCUCAAUGUCUGAAGAUGAAGGAGCUGCCGGCGGGGAAACGUCUUCUUCCAACACCACAACGGAAAAUCAAGAAACGGAAGGGAAGAGCAUGGAUUCCUAAUAAUUGUGAAAUGCUUGGUUUGUGGCAAUCGCCAACAGAUUCCACUCCCAGCGUAUGCAAGACUCUGAAAUACACAAUACUUCAAACAGCUGGCAGACACGAAUAAGGAGCUGUUGAAGGUUUUCGGUGGUGUUACUUAAUCCACGAAAUAACAAGUUAUUUGUGUACUAUAGGUCCACAGCCAAUGUCUGCAGAAUGCAUGUCAAGGUUUUAGAUUUGUUUUCAGUCCUGUAACAAAAUCAGCUCCAGCAUAUCCUCUCGGAUACGGUGUAAAUAAUCAAAUACAACAACCGCCCCAAUACUUGCUGCUGUUAGGUUGAUCUCUUGAGGGCUUUGCAGAGGAUAAAUCCAAAACAUUUCUAUAUUUGUGUUUAAUGUGAAACAUUCCUAGCCCUGAUUGAGAGCCGGUGGUGCACUGUACUAAUGUAAAAGAUGUAGGGUUCACUGUGCUGCAGCAACGGAGCUUGACCAAGGCUUUAAAAAAGAAAGUAGAAAAUGAAUCCUGGGAGAUGGGUGCUCCAGAGUGGAGCAGGAGAGCUCAAAGGCCAGAAAUAACAAUACAUUUCUAAAAGCUAUAAAAUGGUAGGGCACUGAGGCGGGAGAGACAGCCUUGCAGGUGUGCUUUUUGUUUUAAGAGGUCCCUGGGAACUCUCCUCGCAGCACUUCUGUAGUCCAGCAAAAAGGAGCACUAUCUAAAAAUGUAAACAAAUGAAUCAUACGGGAGCGGCCUUAUACCAGCCCAGAUUAUUUGCCCAUCUAACUCAGUUAUUGUCUACAUAGACUGGUAACAAUGUUUAUCAGUCUCUCUGGCAGAGAUAGGGAGACAAUAAAUUGUACAACCCCCACAUUCACACACUGUUUCAGGACUGGGGAAUGUUGGACGGGCACCAUGGGGACAAUCUAGUAGGUGCCCAUGGCUCUCAUGCAAGCACAAUUCACACAACAACGGCCAUUGGCUGAUGGGAGCUCUGCUCCACACAGCCGUCACCAUGGCAAUGGGCUGCUCAGAGUGCCACAUUUUCCUGGCCAGAGAAUACAGAGAUGAAAGUAUCUCUAAACCGUAGGAAAGGUCUCUGGAUCCCUUGGAACAAUGGCACAAGUGUUGUGCUACUAUCUGGAAAGGCGCUCCUUUCUUCAUAUUUAAAGUAACCUUUUCUCUCUUUCCCCCAGCCCUAUCAUUUUUUAAUUUCACCAGAAUCCGAGGCUAUAUUAAGCCGUUUAUUUAUGACAUAGAAGACUGUCUAAUCUUUGGAGGAAAUGGAAUGUCACCUGUCUGUAACCCCAAGAAACCCUUUUGAAGUUUGGACUCUACCUAGAGAUGUCCUGGUAUACAGAGGAAAAUGAAAAACACUCUUUCCUCACUCCUUCAAAAUGUCACAAGGCAGUGAGAUCACUUAGGAUUUUAAAAUCCUUUUGAGAGCAUUCUGCACUGCCCUUUCUCAAAUCUGACUUAUUCGGUGAUCUCAGCCUUCUGUGUAUCCAUAAGUUUCUAAAGUGAACUAGUGGCAUUUGUAAUUGAUUUAAACUUUUAUUUCAUUUCAGCAUGAAAAAUGAAAUUGGUUAUCUCUUCAUUUGGUCUUUGUUUGUCUUUUGUCGCUCGUGUCUUCACAAGACCCAGGGACGCAAACUUUUCACUUGAGUUAGGAUGUGGGUUUAUUGGCUCAUAACUGAUCCUGUUAAAAUCAACAUUCAAAGCAUUUUCUUUCAAUAUAUAUUUUGUCUGUACCAAAGGCUUGAUUCACAUUUUAUAAUAAAGGUUGUAUUUAAAAUAUACUGCAUAUGUUAUUUGUACAGGAAUUCAAGAGCACACUUUUAUGAAUUCUUGCACCCAUAGCAGUAUAAUUUUGGAUGAGGUACCAUCCAACUUCGUUAUUUGCUCUGGCAUCAAAAGUUGCUGUUGUUGGCAUCCAUCUGUCUUGGGAGACAAUGGAAGAGUGUACCUUUAGGGGUAAAGUCAAACCAUUGGAGAGUUAUAGCACUUGCUGUGGCUGUAGAGACCAAUACAGGAGAGACAUGUUUUAUUGCAGGUGGGGCAGAUGAAGGCAUCCAGUUCCACUGUUACAGAUGUUUCUUCUCUCUGCACUCCUCUGCACUCCUCCUCCUCCUCUGGUCACUGCUGUGGAUACACAACCUGACUAUCUGUCUCCAGGCACUGCCAAAGAUGCUUUGGGUAAUCAUAGUUUCAAAAUGUAGUGGGUUGUACAGUUGUGCCAAUAAUUGCCAUCAUUACCACUUGUCAUGCACCAGCAUCAUACAGAACUAUCAUGUAAUACAGAAAUUAGAAAUGGGCAAAAUGAGCCCCAUCCUUCCUUGCCAAGAAUUGACCCAAGCGGAAGUUUGGCUAUCAGCUAGGAAAAAAAUGCAUACAUUGGAUACCUAGCAAUUGCUUGUUAUUAUAGGCCUUGCAAGUGACAAGUCAGCAAAGCAGAAUUUUCUCACUUGUUAGGAGCACAGGAAACGGCCUGAGGAUUAGUCAGUUCUUUGGUUCAUCUAUCUUGGUAUUGUUCAUGGAGGCCUGUGACAUCAUUUGCCUGCACCCAGGCUGGGUCCAGUCUCUUGAUAAGAAAAUUGUGUGCAGCUCCAGCAUACCUUGGUCUCUGCUGCAAACAACAUUCUGUGAUAGGGAAAUGGGUUUCUCCUCCCCUCUAUUUCACACACCAGAUGCUGCAUUCAUCCCUCUAUGCUCCAUGGCAAAUCUGUAGCAAUUUGUACCAAAUGUUGCCACCUGCCUCUGGGCAGGAUUCAGCUGAGAUGUGUGCAUGGGAAAAGGUCUGCUUGCUCAAUGAGACUUUCUCCCCCUCUUCCCUCCUGUGUGCCCCCUAAGUCUAUUCUGGAGGGUUGAGGGGUAAACCAGAACAAGUUUAGGGGAAACCCAGGGAAGAGAGGAGGGGAAAGUCUCAUUGUGCAAGCGAACCUCAUUCCGUGUCCACAUUCCCUGCUUGAUAAUACACUGUGUUCCACCCAGUGCCGGAUUUGCAUAUAAACUAAACAAGCUAUAGCUUAGAGCCCCAUCCUCUUGGGGGGGGGGGGGCAAAAAAAAUUAAAGGAAAAAAACCUGGAUGUACAUUUCCAAAAUAUAAGAUAAAAAAACAUAUAAAAUAAAGCGUACAUACAGCAACAGUGUUUUGUGUUGUGUAGGUUCCUGUGUAUUAUGUGCAAAUGGCUUUAGAUACCUAUUAGGUCCAUAAAUUACCACAUAGCAUAUAUUCAACACAAACAACAGUGACAAUUUGUUGUUGACAAAGGACAGCUGGACAGCUGGACAAAGGACAGUAGUGGUUAAGAGUGGUAGACUUGUAAUCUGGGGAACCGGGUUUGCGUCUCUGCUCCUCCACAUGCAGCUGCUGGGUGACCUUGGGCUAGUCACACUUCUUUGAAGUCUCUCAGCCCCACUCACCUCACAGAGUGUUUGUUGUGGGGGAGGAAGGGAAAGGAGAUUGUUAGCUGCUUUGAGACUCCUUCGGGUAGUGAUAAAGCGGGAU